GAAUUAUAAAUAUCUUGGCUGAGUGACCUAAAAAGCAAAGCAUUGGCACUUACUCCAAGGUAAAUAAAGAACUAACUUUAAUAUUUCGAUUUUCAAUGCUAUCUUAAGCUCAGACAAAGUCUUAACAUACGGGAUUCGAAACAUAAUAUUCUACUGUUUCACCAAUGCCAUUCCCAACGAGAGUUCUGGGCAAGAAUGGCCCUGAAGUAACAGCAAUUGGCAUGGGUCUGAUGGGUCUAAGCGCUUUCUAUGGAAAGAUCACCUCAUUCAAAGAGCGCCUCCAGUUCCUCGAUCAGCUCUAUGCCUCUGGGGAGAGAUUUUGGGACACAGCCGACGCAUACGGCGAUAGCGAGGAGCUGCUCGGCAUGUGGUUCAAGGCGAACCCCGAGAAGCGACAAUACAUCAUCCUGGCCACCAAAUUCGGGAACAUGGGUCACGGGUUGGCUCGGACUGAUGCAGCCUACGUGCCUGAAGCAUGCGCAAAGAGUUUGAAGGCUCUGAACACGGAUUAUAUAGACCUCUAUUAUGUUCAUCGAGCCGACCCCAAGGUACCAAUCGAAGAGACAGUGUCUGCCAUGGCUCAGCUCAAGGUACAAGGAAAGAUUAAAUACUUGGGCCUGUCGGAAGUAUCCUCUACAACUCUUCGUCGCGCCCACUCCGUUCACCCGAUCACGGCAGUGCAGGUCGAGUAUAGCCCGUUCACCCUUGAGAUUGAGUCGGAACAGACAAGAAUACUGUCCACUUGCAAGGAACUGGGGGUUGGUGUGGUCGCAUACUCGCCACUCGGCCGAGGAUUCCUGGCUGGGCAGCUGCGCGGGCCUGAAGAUCUUGACAAGGACGACUGGCGCCGUACUGUACCUCGCUUUUCCGCAGAGAACUUUUUAAAGAACCUGGAACUGGUAAAUGAAUUGACUUCCUUUGCUGAGCGUAAGGGCUGCUCAACGGGUCAGCUAGUCUUGGCGUGGUUACUGAAGCAAUGGGAUAUGGUGGUACCAAUCCCAGGUACAACAAAGAUAGCCAACUUCAAGGAUAAUAUGGGUGCGCUGGAUAUUAAGCUUAGCGCCACCGAGGUACAAGAGAUAAGGUCCGCAGUUACUAAGGCUGAGAUUAUUGGUGACCGUUACCCGCCAGGUUGGAGCCGAACGCUGUUUGUAGAUACAGUAGAGUUGAAAUAGCAGG